AAGCGCGCAGCCCGUCCCGGCUCUGGAGCAUAAACAAGAGUGGGGACGGUAUGAGGCGGCAGUUGGUCCCCGCGCAGCGAGAAGGGGCGAGCGGGGCGGCGACCCGGACCGGGUACAGAUCCUGAGUGUAGCGUGCUCCCGCGGGCCGCCUGAGUUGAGCCGCGCGCGCUCCGGCCAAGGGGGUCCGAGUCCGUCGCGCGCGCGCAGCCAUGAACCUGGCAAGCCAGAGCGGAGAGGCCGGCGCCGGCCAGCUGCUGUUCGCCAACUUCAACCAGGAUAACACGUCCCUAGCUGUUGGUAGUAAGUCCGGGUAUAAGUUUUUCUCCCUAUCUUCUGUGGAUAAGCUGGAACAGAUCUAUGAAUGCACUGACACCGAAGAUGUCUGCAUCGUGGAGAGGUUGUUCUCAAGCAGCUUGGUGGCCAUCGUCAGCCUCAAAGCUCCCAGGAAGCUCAAGGUUUGCCACUUUAAGAAGGGGACUGAGAUUUGCAACUACAGCUACUCCAACACCAUCCUGGCUGUGAAGCUGAACAGGCAGAGGCUCAUCGUGUGUCUGGAAGAGUCGCUGUAUAUACACAACAUCCGGGACAUGAAGGUACUUCAUACCAUCCGAGAGACACCCCCGAACCCUGCAGGCUUGUGUGCACUGUCAAUAAACAAUGACAACUGCUACUUGGCAUACCCAGGGAGUGCGACCAUUGGAGAGGUGCAGGUCUUCGACACCAUUAACUUGAGGGCUGCAAACAUGAUCCCAGCUCAUGACAGUCCCUUAGCAGCCCUGGCUUUUGACGCAAGUGGGACCAAGCUUGCCACUGCUUCUGAGAAGGGUACUGUGAUUCGAGUGUUUUCCAUUCCAGAGGGACAGAAGCUGUUUGAGUUCAGGAGAGGAGUGAAAAGGUGUGUGAGCAUCUGCUCCCUGGCCUUCAGCAUGGACGGCAUGUUUCUCUCUGCAUCCAGCAACACCGAGACAGUGCACAUCUUCAAACUUGAGGCCGUGAGGGAAAAACCUCCGGAAGAGCCCACCACCUGGACCGGCUACUUUGGGAAGGUUCUCAUGGCAUCUACCAGCUACCUGCCCUCACAAGUGACAGAAAUGUUCAACCAGGGCAGGGCCUUUGCCACCGUCCGCCUGCCAUUUUGUGGCCACAAAAACAUCUGCUCACUGACCACAAUUCAGAAGAUCCCGCGGUUGCUGGUGGGAGCGUCGGAUGGUUAUUUGUACAUGUACAACCUGGACCCCCAGGAAGGCGGCGAGUGCGCCCUGAUGCGUCAGCACAGGCUUGAUGGCAGCAUGGAGACGACCAGUGAAAUUGUAGACUCUGCAUCUCAUGACUGCCCCUUAGUAACGCAGACAUACGGCACAGCAGCUGCCAAAGGUGCCUAUGUGCCCUCGUCCCCAACAAGACUUGGUAAAGGGCAGGACGCCAACUUGGAAGCCUACACUGAUGACCUGGGUGCUGUGGGUGGCGCAUGCCUAGAGGAUGAAGCCAGCGCUCUACGCCUGGAUGAAGAUAGUGAACAUCCUCCCAUGAUUCUCCGGACUGACUGAUCCUGACCUGUGAACUCUGGCCCAGGAGCAGACAACACUGGCCUGGCUGAGGACUUGAGCAUUGCUGCUAUGAACUUUGACCUGAAUUGAGGGAGAGGAUGGCAGAGACUUUAAAGCAAAGAGAUUGUAGUUAUAGCCUAUCCAUACUGUUGAGAAAAUACAGGUUUCACUUCAGUGACUAAUCCUGCUUACGAAGUUAGCUUUUUAUUUUCUCUCACUCUUUAAUUUUUUUAAUCUUCUCUCUCUUCUCUUCUCUUCUCUUCUUCUUCUCCUCUCUCUCUCUCUCUCUCUCUCUCUCUCUCUCUCUCUCUCUCUCUUUUGUUUUUUGUUUUUUGGUUUUUUUUUUUUUGUUGUUGUUGUUUUUUGUUUUGCCAAAAUUAGCUGUUUGGUGACGUCUGUGGAGUCUCCUUGCUUUGCAUGUGUGAUGUGCCAAGCCAGCAUAGGAGAGCGAGUGGAGUGGCCACUCCAUAGCGACCCACAGUUGUCAGGUCUCAUGCCAGGGCACGCGUGAAGUCUCUGCGUGUGGUGAUUCUACAGGGACAGGGCCCAUGUGCCCACUGAGACCAGCCAGGGCACCAGUGGACAGUGGCCUCUGGCGGGAGUCCUCUUGCCCUGCUGCCUCACCUGGGCCAUUUUCUUCCCAAUUUAUUAAACUCUUUCCGGAUUGGAUCCUCUGGGACUAGCUUCCUCCUCGGGGACUGUUGUUUCGGGUCGUACUCUCCAUGGGGAUCUCGAGAGGGAGAGAGGCAGUCUCUUCUCUUCUGACGGUGAACUUGGCAGUCUGCCAGGGCACCCUGGAGCCAAGGAAGGUGAUCUCGUCAUUGUCGUUAAAUGCUCUGUCUCCCACUGUCCCCAUCCAUAACUGUGACUUCGUUUUUUGUUUUUGUUUUUAAAGGAGAGUCUGUAACUGCUCCAAUUCCGGAAAAAGCACAGAGGUGUAAGAUUCUGCGUCAGGCGUCAGGCUCUGCUGCCCUGGAGCUGUGCUGUGUGCCAGGGACUUCUUCGCCCCUCCCCAGAGACAGCAGAGAAUAGUGAGACCCGGGGGGGAGGGCUGCAGGGGACUCCCUCCGGGGUGAUGUGCCUUUUCUUCCGGUCUUACAAGUACAGGAAAGUGAGGUCAGAUGUCAGUGCUGCCCUGCACCUGUCAGCUUUUGAUUGAUGGGUGCCUUUGGAGAAAGUGUGGUCUCACACUACAGCCCAGGCUCUGGAACUCAUAGCAGUCCCCUCGCCUCACCUUCUUGAGAGUUGGAUUACAGAUACCUCUGUGCCAGGUUCCUUUCUCAGCUCUACAGACAGCGUGAACAGUUGAGGUCCUCAAAUCUGCAUUCUGAACAACAGACUCUAGCAGUGGAACCCAAGGGGGUGGCGUGGCUUCUGCAUGAACAAGGCUUUAGGUGAGGGCUUUGGAGCAGGAAGUCAGGAUAAUAUUACCAGGUUAGCCCAGCCAGGUCAGGUACUAAAUGAGAGGGACUGCAGGUAGCUGCCUUCAGGCCAUUGUGGUUAUGUCUGAGUGUUUCUGAAGGGUACCUGCAGCUAAAUCUGCUGAGUCCCCUGUUCUUGCUGUUCAGAGGAUGGCUAAUCACAUUCGUGGAGUUUGAGGGGCGCCUACUGCUGAUUCUGUUUCCUGGAGCAUCUGACGAGCCAAACUGUGUACAGUUUAUGAGGCAGGGAUGAGGCUGUGGGCUGGACCCUGAUAACACGGGACCCCAGCCCACAGUCUGGUUCAGUGAGUACUUCACUGAAAGACUAAAACUGGCCUUCACUGGACCAAGCACCGCCGGCGAGUGCUGACAGGAACAGACUGUGGGGAGCACACGGGGCUGACUGGGAGCUGGGGUUUCCUGGAACCAAAGAAUGUGACUGGUGUGCUAGUGACCUUGGCCUUGCACGCUGUGGGUUUGGGGCUCAGCUCCAUGUGCUGAGGUUUCCUCGCUUGGGAGUUGGUGUUCCAAAAACACGUUGGAAUUCAUUUCUCCCUUUUGGCCUGGGUUUCCUCACUUGAAAAUUUGGUCAGAAAAGGUCUCUUUUGGUGUCUGGGGCUGUGAUUUUAAUCAGUGGUCUUGCCAGCCAGGCAGAUUUGGUGAGCCUUCCUCUCUUAGGACAGAUGUGCCUGUGCAUCCCACAGAGGUCAGAAAAGCAAAAGAUUAGGCUCCGCUUCUCUCCAAUCCCUGCAGGCCUUGCGUGUGAGGGAGGAGAGUUGCUGGCUGAGGUUAGCGCUCUCUGUUGGGCACACAGUGGUGGAGCCAACUGAGGAACCGAGUCAGUAGGAUCCACACUCGAGUAAGGGCUGACCCAGGCCUCGCAGCAGUGGUCAGUCCCACAUUUAAGAGAAAAUUGUGGAAUCAGGUAUGGCAUACACCUGUAAUCCCAGCAGUCAGGACAGUGAGGCAGGAGGAUUGCUGUAAGUUUGAGGCCAGCCUAGAGUGUAUACUCCUGGGCAAACCUGGCCUACAGAGUGAGACCCUGUCUCAAAAAACCAAAGGAUGAUGACUUAAAAAAA